UCUCUCUCUCUCAUCCACAGGCUUUAUCAUAACACCGCAGUCAAAGUGCAGGCUCAGCUUAUGUAGUAUGACUUGACACAGCAGCGAUGUGUUUCAUCUUUAACUCGAACAUUUACUAGAUUUAUUUUAUUUGUUUAUUAUUUUUUUUGCUUGUUGCUGUUGUUUUUAACAAAAAAAAAAAAAAACUACCUCAGUGUUAACACUGACACAGCUUCAGCUAAAAACAGCUGCAAGCUAACAGAGACAGUUAGCUUCAGCGGAGGACACAGCUGCACGCAGCUAGCGCGAGGAAGGGGCAGCUGUUGACACACACACACACACACACACACACACACACACACACACACACACACACACACACUCACCAUCCCAGCUCCGGUAAACGUUAGAGACGAAAAAAGAAAUUAAAAAAUGAACGAACUGGUCAAGUGUUUGCCCUCCCCGACUCUCCCGGGGCUCCACCUGCCGUGUUUGGACACCUACAAAGGCUGGCUCUUUAAAUGGACCAACUACCUGAAGGGCUACCAGCGGCGGUGGUUCGUCCUUAGCAACGGCCUGCUGUCCUACUACAGGACUCAGGCAGAGAUGGCACACACUUGCCGGGGAACCAUUCCUCUGGCGAAAGCCCACAUCGAGGUUGGUGACACCUGCCACCUGGUGUUAACUAGCGGAGGCCGAAGCUACCACUUAAAGGCCACCUCUGAGGGAGAGUGUCAGCGAUGGGUGUCAGCCCUGCAGCAAGCCAAGGCCAAUGCCACUCUCCUGAUGCAUCACUCAGACGACUCAGGAGAUGAAGGCCCUGUACCUCAGGAGGACCGAGCCCUAACCCAAGGGGUGCUCAAGACUCUGGCCAGCAAGCUAGAUGACCUGAGCACCUGUAAUGAGCUGAUAGGAAAGCACGGCGCCGCACUCCAGCGCUCCCUCAGCGAACUCGAGGAACUGCGUGGAUCUGCUGACAGCACAGACAAAGUGAAAGCUGUUAAUGAGCGAGCCACCCUUUUCCGCAUCACCUCCAAUGCUAUGAUCAAUGCUUGUCGUGACUUUCUGGACGUAGCAGAAUCUCACAGCCGGAGGUGGCAGAAGGCCCUGCAGCAUGAGAGAGAGCAGCGUCACCAUCUGGAGGAGACCAUCGAACAGUUAGCCAAACAGCACAACAGCUUAGAGAGAGCCUGGAAGGAGAAUCCCACCUCAUAUACAGGCACGGAGCGCUCUCAGGAGGGGGAUGCGAGUGAUGAGAAUGACGACGCAGAGUUCUUUGAUGCCAUGGAGGACUCCCCUGCAUUCAUAACUGUGACUGCUAGUGGCAACAUACAGCACAAGCGCUCAGGGAGUAAUCAGAGUAUGAUGAGCGGAGGAGUGCCCAAUGACUGGACUCACAAUGAGAACGACAACUCAGGCACAAACCACAUGCAGCUAGGAAGAACAAGACGCAGUCGUAUCCCUGACAAACCAAAUUACUCCCUUAACCUGUGGAGCAUCAUGAAGAACUGUAUUGGCAAAGACCUGUCCAAGAUUCCUAUGCCUGUCAAUUUCAACGAACCGCUGUCGAUGCUGCAACGUCUGAGUGAGGAUCUGGAGUACAGCGAGCUUCUGGACCGAGCAGCUCGCUGUGACUCCUCUUUGGAGCAGAUGUGCCUGGUGGCUGCCUUUUCUGUCUCCUCCUACUCCACCACAGUCCACCGUACAGCCAAGCCCUUCAACCCUCUGCUGGGGGAGACUUACGAGCUGGACCGACUGGACGAGUAUGGUUAUCGCUCCAUCUCUGAGCAGGUCAGUCAUCACCCACCAGCUGCUGCUCACCAUGUUACGUCACAGCGAGGAUGGACCCUGUGGCAGCAUAUCACUAUUGAUAGCAAGUUUCGUGGAAAAUAUAUUUCUGUUGUACCAUUAGGAAACAUUCACCUGCAGUUCCACUCAAGCGGAAACCACUAUGUGUGGAGCAAAGUGACUUCAACAGUGCAUAACAUUAUUGUGGGAAAACUUUGGAUUGAUCAGUCUGGGGACAUUGACAUUGUAAACAACACUACCAAGGACACCUGCCGUCUCAAAUUCUCCCCCUACAGCUACUUCUCCAGAGAAGUCCCACGUAAAGUGACAGGAGUCGUAGAGGACAGAGAGGGCACAGCUCAUUACAUCCUGUCAGGAACCUGGGACGACAAGAUGGAGAGUGCCAAAAUUGUGGACAGCAGCCAAGGAUGCGGAGGCUCUGAAGGCAAACAAAAGACAGUUUAUCAGACUCUUCAGCCCAAACUGUUGUGGAAGAAAUAUCCUCUCCCAGAUAACGCAGAGAACAUGCACUUUUUCUCCUCCUUGGCUCUGACUCUCAAUGAACCAGAAGACGGUGUCGCGCCCACUGACAGUCGCCUGCGGCCGGACCAGCGGCUGAUGGAAGCAGGUCUGUGGGAUGAAGCAAACGUCCAGAAGCAGCGUCUGGAGGAGUGUCAGAGACUGGAGAGGAAGAGAAGGGAGGCACAAGCCAAUCAGGCCCUGGAGGAAGGGCAAGACAUCGAGGGUUACCAGCCACUGUGGUUUGAGAAGAGGACAGAUGAUACAAUGAGAGAAAGCACCUAUGUCUACAGGGGCGGCUACUGGGAGGCCAAAGACAGACAGGAUUGGAGCCAAUGCCCUGAGAUCUUCUAGGACAAAAGUUCACCAUGCACCAUGGCAUCACACAGGCUGGGUGAUUCCCCCUGAUGUAAGGAUACUCUGGACAGUUUUUGGUGUGUGUGUGUGUGUGUGUGUGAGAGUGAGUGAACCAGCUAUUGAAAGUAACCGUCACUCCCUGUAUUUCAAGCACAAAAACAAGCUCCUGCUUUCACUCUCACUAAUCUUACUCUCUUCUGCUCUAUUAUAUUUUCAGAAUGCAUGGCCUCAGUUUGUGUGUCUUUUGUGUACGCUUAUUCAACACUGCAGACAUUUAUGAGAGUACGCAGAGUUCUCAUGUGUGUGUGUGUGUGUGUGUGUGUGGUGCUGAAAUAUUGGCAUAUGCUUUACAGAGAAAUUAUUUCUACGCCGAAUAACACACGUGUUUCUAUGGGUGUGUUACGCGAUAACUGGGGGGCAAGGAGUGGUACAAGGACUGAACAUCUUGUUCCCCCAAAGCUGGAACAACAUGUUCCUCAUGCUGCUGGGUUCUGACAGAGACACCAGGCUUUUUUAAAGGACUGCAGCAGAAGAAAGCAGUCUUCACGCACUAAAAGGCUUUUUCUCAGCAGAACUUGAUUUAUAGAUCCUCCUGAUUCUUGGGGAUUUUUACUAUUCUACUUCUUAAAAUGAAACUGUAUCUUCAAGGAUUCACAGUUCUUGUGUAGCUGUUUACUUUAUUGUUUAAAAUGUACACAAAUAUCAGGGUUCAUCAUCUUGGUAAGUAGCAACAAACAUGUUUUCCUCCCCUAGUUAAAACAGUAGAAAUGGCUAGCUCUAUGAGUGGUUUCUAUUAUUUGGGCAAGUUAGCAAUAACACAACUGCACAGUCACUUGAGAAAGAAAAUACCCCCAAAUCAGAAAAUGAUGCAGCGCAAAAACUAUGUUUUACCAAUAGUAUUCCAUUAGCUGAAUGAUGGUAAUGUAAAGAUUUAUAAACAUCAGGCAAGGAGCGGAGAACAGUUGAAGAAAGGCUUUGCAAUGCACAUAUGCAAAGGUGUUUAUGUGCGAGCGAGCAUUGGUGUACAUUAGUAGCAAAUAUACAUCCUAUAUCCAAUAAUAUUAUAGUUUAUAGUCUUCAGCUUACUGUGUAUUAUAACAUGUACGACUGCCUGAUUGCUUUUGGCCUGUAUAUAGCAAGAAUAUAAUAGAAAUAGAGCACACCUUGUUUAUAAUCACUGUAAGAGAAUAUGGUUUCACACGACUUAAACAUUCACACUUUGGUCACUACUUAAACUCUAUUUGUGUAUACAUAAUCUUUAAUAGAGUCAAGAUUGUGUACCAGUCAAUGAGGAUGUACGGGACAUGAAAUUAUAAUUAAAGUUUAUAAGAUACAGUAUAUACUAUUGAUGAUGCAAAUAAGGUGUUGUUCAAAUAAAGCACAAUGUUAUGUUUACCCACGGGUAAUCAAUACAUGCUACAUGAACUCGACAGUUUCCAUGGCAACAUAUGUACGCUGUAGCUAUGCAUGGUUUUAGAGUGCUUAAGCACUUCUGUAGUGAAAAGCCUCUUCACCUAGUUAAUUGUUUGUAGACUCUUACUGAGACAUGAUGUGAACUCACCUUUUGUGCCCGACGAUCUCAAGAAUAUUCACAUUUUUGAGCUCAAAUAAAAACAUAAAGCCGCCAACCUC